CAGAAAAAAAUUGGAUAAGGGUAGACCAAAAUUCUAGCUUAUUCCCAAGGUUUCACUUACAGAGGCCAUUACGUCAUUUACUUCACGCGCUUUAUUUUUAGAUAAAGAGUAAUAAGCCAUAUCCCACGUGACGCGUCAUACUUUGUUUACGCGUCGACUUUGUUUAUCAGACUAACUUGAUUUUCAUUUACAGUUUUUUUAUCCUUGGGCCGUUAAAGACUCCACAUAUGAAUGUUUAAUUCAAGUAGAUUUCUCAUGAGAAUCGUGACAUGUCGUCACUGACCGAAAUUUUGUGAGUGAGAGCAUUUUUCAAUUGCCAAACUAUCUUGUGUCUCUGAGAAGUCUAUUCGCCAUCUUGUAUACAAGAGCAGCUUUCAGACGCCAGGCUGGUGUUGUUUUAAUCAUGGAAACAACACUUGCGCCGAUGCAUUGGUGGACAACGACAGAAAAAUAUAUUCUAGUAACCACGCUAGGGGUAAUUAUCGUAUUUGGAGUGUGUGGAAAUGUACUUGUCGUAAUCGCAAUUAUUCGAUUCAAACGUCUUCGGCGAGCAGUGAACAGCUAUUUGAUCCUAAAUCUCGCGGUAAGCGAUUUUCUCACGGCGUCCAUUUUGAUGCCAUUUCAAUUAGCUACCGUGUUGGAUCUCAACAUUAUUGUGGACAAUGGAUUACUCUGCAAAGUUGGCGGAAUAUUGUCGUAUCCGUUCUACAUCUGCUCAACUAUAACGCUUGUCAUGUUAGCAAUUGAGAGAUAUAUUGCGGUGAGCGACCCAUUGAGAUACAUCUCUCGCGUGACAACUCGAACAAUCACCAUUAUGAUCGUGUACUGCUGGACGCAAGGAGUCGUUUUCGUUGUGCUGGUUUCGUUUUCGGCUAAUAUCGAGUUUUCUACACAAAGUUUAGACUGUGGUGUGGCGUGGGAGGGAACUCCAUUAUGGCUCAGUAUUUUGGUUUUACUGUUUAACAUUGUGCUGCCAUUUUUCCUCCUACUUAUUAUGAGUUUGCGUGUUCUAAUCAUAGCAAUACGGCAGAAAAAGUGGAUAGACACGGAAAGAUUUAGUAUUGACCGAACAAGAAGGAAAAAGAGUGUUUUUACAGGAUUUGAAGGCAAGGCUACAGUCGCUGUUCUGGUGGUAAUCUUUGUGUUUCUGAUUUUAUGGAUCCCGUUUCUGAUCACGCGGGGAUUCAUGGCGUUGACUCAGAUCUACGUCUCACCAAUAGUAACUACUUCAGUUGUGUGGCUGUUACAUUUAAAUUCGGUUGUGAAUGUCUUCAUUUACACGGUGCGCAGGUCAGACUACAGGCGUGCAUUUGUGUCAAUCAUCCGCUGUACAUCAUUAUCUCGGUCUGCUGAUAUCGAGCGCACGGUUACCAACAUACAUGAAGCCAGCUCGAAAGAACUGAACUUAGACCGCAGUUCAGGAACGAUACAGCUGAACUGCACGGUGACUACGAUACCUGAAGUCACUUGAAUUAAUUAAAACAUGAAUCGAGAGUAAAUACUAUUCAUCAGGGACCAUUAUUAUUUAUACUCUGAAAGCUGGUAGGGGGGGUGGGUGGUGGUUGAGUAUUUGAGUUGUGCGGGAGUAAAGUUUAUCUCCCAUAGUCAAUUUGCUAUAUUCCUCCCUUAAACUCUGUCAAAGACAACUAGAAUAAAGACAAGGAUACGAGACACUUUGCUGGUCCCUUAUUAGAAAAGAUAGAUAGAUAGAUAGUUUAUUAGAAUAUCGAACAUGGCAGUCCGUAGACUGAAUUGCGUUACAAUUACUUAGAACUAGGAAUAAAUGAAUUCCAAAUACAAAUUGAGAUUAUAAUAAAACCAUAAAUGCGAAAAACUCUCUAUAUGUGACUCUGUACAAACUAGUCUAAAAAAAAUUUAUUUACACAUACUUGGAAUAAAAGUGUUCUUGAAACGAUUUGUAUGUGUACGGGGCAUGGCAUAAGCCCUGGACUGUCUUAGAUUAUAUCUGAAAAAAUCAAAGAAAAAUCAUGUUGCUUAGCAUGAAAAUGUAAAAUCGAAAUGGCACGAGCGAAAACAUUUUAGGUCACAGGGACAUGUGACGAAUCACUUUCCUGAGGUAGUAGAAACGACUUAAUCAGUGUACACAUUUGUAAAUAAAAAAUGCCUUUGAUCUCA